UACAACCAGUGUAGCAUCUUUGUUGAUUUGUUGUACCUAAUUAGUAUUUUUAUUUUCCUUUUAGUAUGUAUAUGUGUGAAGUUGAGUGAUAGAGUGAGAAACAGUGUGAUAAGACAGAGAUGUGGUGUAAAAGACGAUAUAGUGACUAAGGUUGAGAAGGGAAUGUUAGGUUGGUUUGGACACGUAGAGCCGAUGAAGGAUAAUAGAAUUGCAAGAGCGGUAUAUAAAGCAAAAGUUGAUGCUAGGGCUGGCAGAGGAAGACCGAGAAGGACUUACGAUGACCAAAUUGGAGAUGUCCUUAUAAAAGGUUUAACACGAUCUACUCUGAACCGGCGUGCGUGUAUGAAGCGAUUGAUGAAUGUGGAGGAAGCAAGAGAAGUGUGUCAGGAUCGAAGCAAAUGGAAUUCUAUAGUCUCUGCUUACCCCGGUGGGAAAUAGGCGUGAGCUUAUGUAUGUAUGUAUGUAUAAGUAUGUGUGUGCGUGUGUGUGUGUUGGAUGAAAAGGAUAAAAGGAUAAUAGAAUUACGAAAGCAGUAUAUAAAGCGAAUGUUGGUGGUAGGACUGGCAGAGGAAGAUCUAGAAGGACAUUAACCAAAUUGGAGAUGUCCUAAGAAAAUAACUCAAUAUAUAAGACAAAACUGUAUAAAUGGCUCAAUGAUAAAAAAUAUUAGAUAGCGUCGUGAUAUGCGCAGUAUCCGGGAAUGUGCGGCAUACUAACAUUACUAACGGACGAUAUAAAUAUGUAAGAAUCCCGGAGUGAUUCAUCGACGCCAGAAAAACCGGUAAAUGAAGAUUAUGCAAUGAAGAAAGCAACCGUCCCGUUUUCGUUCCCGCCAAAAAGCUGUGGAUAGUCAUGAUAUCAGCGUGAGGAAAUCUCAGUGCCCAAAAAGGUGUCACAGAUCUUCAACGAAGUUUUCUACUCUACCUCUUCACAGUGGAGCGGAUUGAUAGUCAUUUUUUUCUACUUUAAUUUUAUAUUUUAUUCAUGUUUGUCAGUUAAGGGUAAUAGAGGCUGCUUUGUUAAUUUAAUUACUAAUUUGUAGAUGCUAUAUAUACUGUAAUUGUCAUAUAUAUGUCUUAAUUUUAGUAAUUGUCUUAGUUGUUAAUGUUUUUUAUAUAUGAUGUAGUAGUACUUAAUAAAUAAAUAGAGCAACACGGACCUCCGCAGAGGAUAGAGUAGAUUAUGCUCCAUACCUCCUCGAGUUAAGUAUAUUUUUCAAUAUUAUAUACUUCAAGGAAAUGUUUCACCGCUUGCAGAUAACCGUUUCAUAUAUUACUUAUAAAUUGGCGAAAUAGCGAAGUGACUCUUGCGUAUUUGUGUUACCUAAAUACGUAACGUACUUAAUUUAAUUACUUAUUUAUUAGAAGAACAAUAUGAGCUGCUUAAAAUGGUCACAAUCCACAUCGAAGCAUGUCACCUAAAAAACAAUGUUGCAAUUUGUCAUUUUGCGCAUAUAAAAGUAAGAUGCGCAAUGUCUUGUGCUUUCUUAGAUGAGUUACUUCGAUGUGGCCUUUUUAACCCCCCUGAGUCGCCUUAUUUAAUAGUGAUUACGUCUUUUAAAUGAUGUCAUUUAUUUUAAAAUCAGCGUAAAUACAGUAGCAUCCGUAUCAUUUUAUUUCCUAUUUGAUACGGCUAGAUGUCUACACGCGUUUUGAAUUUCAGUCCGGCCUUUCAUAACUUAAACAAAAUAAAAUAAUUUAUAGCAAUUUUAUUGGUUUAUUUGUAAACAAACGUAUUACUAUUAACUGGAAGAGUCUCGCAAAUCGACCACAAGUCGCUAUUCAUUCGAAGUAACAGCUAGGCAGCUUGCGGACGCACGCCGCAGGCAAAAGCCGUUAUUCUAAUUUAAAAAAUAAAAAUCAUGCCUGUGAUUUACUUUUUAAAUAAUUUAUAUUUUUAAUUUACUGUGAUAUUGCGGACAGUGUUUUAUCUUUUAAGUCUAUUUAAUAAAAUAAAAUGUUAAAAUAUACAGUGAAAAAGUAUUGUUCCGAGGGGAGCAAGAUAAAUCAAAUUAUGGUGGCUGUUUUGAUGAUCCUACCUGUAUUCUCGUACGGUACGGGUGUAGGGUGGCUGUCACCGAUGGGUCCCCGCCUGAUGUCAGAGCAGGACACACCAGCGCGUGCGCCGGUGCACCGUGACGUCAUCUCCUGGAUGGCCUCCGUCGCCUACCUGGUCGGCACACCAGCUGUGUUCAUAUUUGGAUAUAUAGUCGAUAACUAUGGCAGGAAGAAAGCCCUUUUGUUUACCUCGUUUUGUAUGGCGCUCUGUUGGAGUAUAAAGCUCUACUCCACGGAGACAUGGGCGUUGAUCACCGCGCGUGGGGUCCUUGGGUUUGGAGUAGCUGGCUCCUACGUGGUGACUCCUUUAUAUAUCAAAGAAAUCAGCGAAGACUCUAUACGGGGGACGUUGGGUUCUCUAGUGGUGUUAUCGCAGAAUCUGGGGAACCUAAUGGUGUACAUAUUGGGAGAGUACCUGAGUUACUACGCGACGUUGUGGAUAUGUCUGUCUGUGCCGCUGGUCCACCUGCUGGUGUUCACUACGAUGCCUGAGACGCCUUCUUAUCUGCUCAAGUGCGGGAAGUUUGAGGAGGCACGUGACACUCUCGCUUGGCUGCGAUGCAGGCAGAGUUCAGAGCCGGUGGUGGACAACGAGCUACAAACAUUACUACUGGAGCUAGAACAGCGCAAGGCGGGAAGGUUCUGGACUGGACUCAAGACGCUAGUAACAGACCGGCCGACGUUCCGCGCGUUCCGCAUCACCCUGACAAUCACUCUGGCUCGCGAGUUGUGCGGCUGCCUCGCCGUACUCCACUUCGCCUCCACCAUCUUCGGCAAAGCCAGCCACAGCUGGGUCCUGUCUGCCAACCAGCAGGCCGCUGUGUUAGGCGUUGUGCAGUUCGUUGGGUCCUGUACCGCUUCUAGUUUGGUCGAGAGGACGGGGAGGAAGCCUCUCCUGGGCACGACUUGCCUAGUCUCCGGCAUAGCUAUGACAGCGCUGGGCGCGUGGUUCUGGGCAAGCGAGAGCGGCGGCGCGGGCGCAUCCUGGCUGCCGAUCGCCGCGCUCUGUCUGUGCAUCUAUUGCGACGCGGCCGGACUGCAACCUGUACCUUUUGUUAUUAUGACUGAGAUGUUCAACUUUCAGUUACGAGGCACAGUGACGUCAAUCGUGAUAGCGUUCGCAUGCGCGUUAGUAUCCAUCCUACUUCGAGUCUUCCACCCCAUAGAAGCUGCUGUAGGAUUAUCCGCAAUAUUCUGGUGUUUCGCCGCCGUCUGUCUCGUAAGCACCGUGUACAUAGCUAUUUGUGUACCAGAGACAAGAAUGCGAACCAUAGACCAGAUAUACGCGCAGAUUGGCGGGAAAAAAGAGCGGGAAGAUUGUGAAGCUACCGUCACUAAGUUGUAGUUGAUAUUUUAAUGUAGUUUUAAUUUCGAUGUAGGUACUUAUGUAGUUUUUAAGUGAUGUUUUAUAAAAACAUAUUUGUGUAUUGUAAAACAUCGCAAAUGUAAAUAAUUAUCUUACUAUCACAACAGUCUUAGUAGGUUUUACUUAUAAUUUAUGUACGGCCCAAUUAUUGGGUAUUGCUGAGAAUGGCUUUCUGUUAUCAUGUGUUUUUUUAUGGAAUUUAAUGGCCUGGUUGCGCGACCUUUAAGCCAAUUAUUUGUUGUUUUUUUUUCAUACUGAAUGUAGUGAAGUGCUGCUACGUUACUGGGGUUUUGAGCAAAUAGUGUUGUACAUUCUUGUAGCGCCUCUUUUUUUUAAAGUAGGUUCAUGGAAAUGUCUUUCCGGGUCUACCUACUAUCCUUUUUUAAUUAUUAUACUUAAUUAAAAUAAUUAUUUGAUUUUAGCAUCCGUGAUUUUUAUAACGUAUAGAUAGAUUGAAAUCGACAAGACUCUUCUUUAGUUUUUUAUCAAGUACUUAUUAUUAUUAAUAAAUGGUAAAUAUUAUUUUAGCUUCCACUAUGUAGUAUUAUAAUGUAAUUUGAAUUCAAGCUUUAGACAUUAGAUUGUAAAAUAUAAUAUUUAUUUAUUCUUAGGUUGA